AAUGAUCAGGAUGGUGGCGGAGGCCUGGACUGAUGCGGACAGACCGAAGCGAUGGAGGAAACAACACCCGACCCUGCUUUCGUGGACGUGGACCAGGGUCUGACCCUGGCAUGCAUCGCCUUCCUCUGUCUGCUGCUGGUGGCCAUGAUCAUCCGCUGCGCCAAAGUCAUCAUGGACCCGUACAGCGCCAUCCCGACAUCCACCUGGGAGGAGCAACACCUGGACGAUUAGCGGAUAAAACUCAUCCAAUCACAUCAUUUCCUUUUAAGACCUGCUGUAAUAACCAUGCACAUGCUGUCCGUUUCCGGUAGAAACAUGCAUCCAUCAAUACCAUGGGAUAUAGUCAUCUUCUCGACACACGUAAAACACAAAAACCACAUCGGAAAAACCAAACUGAUGCUCCAGUUUUGAAGACAUCAUUAUGGAAACUGACUUUCUAAUUCUCUGCGACUAACGCUUGGGGUUCAGUAACAUGAAAUUCCCUCCAAAACUGAAGCACACAAAGUCAAAAUUGGACCCUUUCAACCAAUGGACAUUCUUACAAGCAGUGCAUCCUGAAUUUAUAACGUAAAGCAAAUGUAUAUUUUUAUAUUUCAUAAUGCUAUACGCAUCCCCACCACACACUUCUAGCUACGCAAGCUCAAUUUCGUAUGCAAACAAUGCUGUCACAAGGGGGCACUAUAGCUAAUAAAACAUUGUCUUUUACUGUCAAAUUUCUCUAAAUGCUG